AUGUACACUCUCAAGAUUGUGCAGAAAGAUGCUCAAACUGUGCCUCCAACACCAUCUGACUUGGCAAACUUUGGCAUCCAUCAGAUUUUCCGCCGAGAGGCCUUUCGCACUGUUGGUUACUCACGCUACCUCCCGCUGACGGAACUGGACAAGGACACUCAUGACCUCCCACAAGAGAUCUACGACCGGAUGAAGCCAGCUCUGAGACUUGCAACGUUGUUCGUGAAACUCCUGACGCCCAAAUUCGCACGCAUCAUGUCGGCUCAGGUGGAAAAUUGUCCUCUUGCCAAUGGUCGUCGUGGCCUACUUUUGACAGACGAAUGGGUCGAUGACGUGCCAGAUGUGACAGCAUCAUUUGCGAAACUGUGCACCAACUAUAGGUUCACCCUUCUGGCGGAAGAUGAGUUCCCGCGAAGCUUCUGCGCUGUGCAUGACGGCGUCGCUGGGACCAGUGGCCUGCUGACCCAUAUCCCUGAAGCUAAAUUCGAUCACGUUUACCCGCAAACUGCCUUGAGAAGCUCGUUGCUGGAACUUUUUGUCGCAGAAGAGUGGGAGACAAUGUGCACGGAAGAAAAGUACAACUACUACUUCAUGCUCGCCACCACCCUGGUCCACCAGCUCGCACAUGCUGUGUGGAUAGAUCGAGUGUUGUCCCGUCACCCACACGAAGGAUUCGAAACUGGUGAGAUUGAAAUUUGUGAACCCGAAGCCAGAUGUCGCCGCAAUCAAAUGUUUGCUGAGCUCGGCAGUGAAAUGGAACUCGAACUCUUUGGGUGCCUGCCCGCCCUGCCACACUUCGAAACCCCCACGAUCGCGGAGAGAGCCUGCAUGGAUGAUGAGCCCUACAAGGUUCUGUUUGCACUCUUGGACAAAAAUGCAAGACACAUUGAUAUCUGCCAAGCAUCGAACAGCACCAUCUAUUCAUUCUUUGAUCCUCAAUUCUGGGCCUCAUUGGAAGAAAAUCGCUUCCCGAACUAUGUGAUCGAGCUUCUAGCGAACCGCAGACUACCACGUCGUCGACUAUCAAAUCCUCUCUCUGAUCCAACGUUCCUUGCAGACUUCGAUGCGCCGAUCAUCUCAGUGCCCCUUCCCGGUAUGUUCAAGAACAAACCUGCGAUCACGGCCGAUAAUGAGCUAGUUGGUUGA